AUGUCUGUAAAUGAUACAGCGGUAGCACCCGAACAGAAAUUGUUCGGGCCUUUUGUCAACGACAUUCCUGGUUUCCGCGAUGUUUUGAAGGAAACAUCGUCAGCCGUUGUCGGCAGCGCGGUAGUGCACGUUCUUCUGAAACGUCCGUUGUCGGACGUUCCAGAGCUUUGUGUUGUGUCAACAUACCACAGUCCUCAAGAGAGGGACUCUUCUUGUGCCAUGUUCUGGCAAUACAUUGUAAAGCAGGGAUAUGAUAAUAUCCCUGUUCAGACAUUCCGUCGUGAUCAGACAGAUAUGUUUGAGCGGUUUGAAAAACCGGCACUUUCGCUUGUUUUUAAACGAAGCGAUGGUAAAACGAUUUCGUUUCGUCAUAUGAGCGCUGAACAAACAUUCACCGCUGUAUACAGUGUGGGGUGGGCCAGUCACAUGUAUACGUUUGCGACGCAUGAAAGCAUAUAUUGCUUGUUUCCCAGCCUCACGCUGUCGCGAGAAUCUAUGUUGUUCGAGCGAGGUAUGUCUAAGCCUUGUAGCCAUAAUAUUGGCUACUACGAGGGACUUGGGUUUACGUUUGUCGACUCGGAAAGGGCUCUUGGUCCAAAGUACUCUUGUAAGGACCAGCGGGAGAUUCUCGGUGAGGUAGAGGGUCGGGCGAAUGCGUUUAGUCAUGAUCUAUGGGUUUAUGAAGAGAAAGGAAUGCCCCCUUGGUGGGGUGAAGCGGAUUCUAAUUGGUAG